UCAAAGAAUGUUCUUCUCUCUUGGGUCUCAGGACUUGCAGAACACGCUCGCGCUGGUGCAGAGCAUCACUGACUUCAGCUCUGCUUUCCAAGCUGUGGGUGACUCUGCCUGCUUUAACCCCUCCUUGAAGGGCAAGCUGCUGGAGAUCCUGACGGAGUUGCUGAAGAAGUAUUACUUGGGCACCCCUGUAUCCCCAGUGCCCCUCAAGGUGGUUCUGGCCCUGGAGCAGUUGAGCAAGCUGAAGCCCUCUUUAGGAACCAAGGACAUGUGUGACAUGCUGAGUCUGUGCUGCAAGAAUGUUGUGUUGCACCCUUCAGCAGAGAUGAUGCUGAAGAUCAGGAAGUCACAGCAAGCAGCUCAGUACCUGCAGCUUCUGCAAACAUCACUGAAAGCUCUGGGCCGGCUCAUGGUGGUCCUGCUCGAGACAGAGACCAGUGGCUUCUUCCAGAACAUAGUCCAUAGAUCAAUGACGUCAGACAACAUGUGGGAGCGCAAGAGGGCCCUGCAGAUCUGCUCCCAGCUGCUGGCUGCUUGUGAAGAGCUUCGAAGAGGAGAUGCCUGCAAGCACUUUGGCUCCUUGGUGGGAUUGCUGGCGCCUCUGACGUGUGACCCCAUGCCCACAUCCCGCCAGCUGGCUGUCACCUGUCUGAGCUCCCUUCUCCGAAUCCAAGCCAAGGCGACCAAUGGAGUCAUCAAGAUGGGUGACAUCGGGAGCCUGUGUGAGGGGCUGAAUGACCACAGCACCGUCUGUCAGCUCCAGACCUCUUCCAAAAUUGCGCGGAUUGUGUACAGGAACUUCCCCCUGGAAGACACCAUCGACUUCAUGAUGGCCAUCAAGGAUGCCUUCCGGAAGGCCAAAGGAAUGCGUGUGCGUGCCGCUGGGAGGUGGAUGAUCACCUUUCUGCAGAUGUACGGAAAGGACAUCUGUCAGGACGUGCUACAGAAGCACAACCAGAGCGCAGAGCCUGGCUGGUGUGAAAUUUAG